CGACCGCACAACUCUCAACCACACCGACAAGCAGCAGUCUCGUGCCCAAUCCGUCAAGAUGGCCCCCUCCAACCUCCCCGCGAUCUUCAACCCCACCCAGCAGGACAUUGAGAUGCUCCUCGCUGCUCAGUGCCACCUCGGAGCCAAGAACCUCCAGGUUCACAUGGAGCCGUACCUGUGGAAGACCAGGGCCGACGGUGUCAACGUUCUGAACGUUGGCAAGACCUGGGAGAAGAUUGUCCUGGCCGCGCGCAUCAUCGCCGCCAUCGACAACCCGGCCGACAUCUGUGUCAUCUCUGCCCGUCCCUACGGACAGCGUGCCGUCCUCAAGUUCGCCGCCCACACCGGUGCCGUCGCCAUUGCCGGUCGCUUCACCCCCGGUAACUUCACCAACUACAUCACCCGUUCGUUCAAGGAGCCCCGCCUGAUCAUCGUCACCGACCCUCGCACCGACGCCCAGGCCAUCAAGGAGGCCUCCUACGUCAACAUCCCCGUCAUUGCCCUCUGCGACGGUGACUCUCCCACCGAGUAUGUCGAUGUUGCCAUCCCCACCAACAACAAGGGCCGUCACGCCAUCGGUCUCGUCUGGUGGAUGCUCGCCCGUGAGGUCCUCCGCCUGCGCGGCACCCUCGCUUCCCGCGAGGCCGAGUGGGACGUCAUGACCGAUCUGUACUUCUACCGCGACCCCGAGGCCGAGGAGAACAAGGACUCCGCUGGCGUCGAGGAGGCCAAGGUCCCCGGUGCCGACGAGGUUGGCCCCGCCGCUGUCGCCGAGGGCUUCACCUCCGAGUGGGAGGUCUCCGGCGCCUCCGCCGGUGCCUUCACCUCCCAGGCUGCCGCCCCCGGCGCCUCCUGGGACGCUGAUGCCUCUGAUUGGGCCGCUGCCUCCGGCGAGGCUGCCGCGCCCGCCGCCACCGAGAGCUGGGGCGCCGAGGCUCCCGCUACCACCACCCAGUGGUAGACGCUGUCACCCUCUCAUACCCUGUCAUUGACAACUGCAUCGCAACAUGUCGGCGUACGGAUGGAUAGGCAAGGCUUGGAAGAAAAGGAAAAGCAAAAUGAGACCCUUUACCGUUCACACUGUGGUGUCUGUGUUGUGGAGGACGGAACAUGACCAAUGCUAUGCGCUGAUGAGGGAAAGAUAUCCGCUCUGCGCCUAUGUAUAGACAAUGUAUGUAGGAGCAGGCGGGGGAAAGCCCUGUGCUGGCGGUCGGGCUGUUCUUGAGCUGACGCCCAUUCCUGAAUCCAUCUUCACCAAGCGAUUUCCAAUGCGACG